AUGGAAGCCCAGCAAAAGGUGCUUUCGCAAGACCUCGAGAAAGCGGAUCCAACGGUCUAUGAGAUCAUCCAGAAGGAGAAGAACAGACAAAAGCACUUUAUCAACCUCAUCCCCUCGGAGAACUUCACGUCGCAAGCUGUUCUCGAUGCUCUCGGCAGUGUUAUGCAAAACAAAUACUCGGAGGGAUAUCCAGGCGCGCGAUACUACGGUGGUAACGAGCACAUCGAUGAGGCGGAGCGGCUAUGCCAGUCAAGAGCGCUCAAGGCGUUCGGUCUGAGCCCGGAGGAAUGGGGGGUCAACGUACAACCACUCUCGGGGUCUCCAGCAAACCUCUACGCAUACUCGGCCAUCCUUAACACACACGAUCGCAUCCUCAGUCUCGAUCUUCCUCAUGGCGGCCACUUGUCCCACGGUUACCAAAUACCAGGAAAGAAGAUCUCGGCAGUCUCCAAGUAUUACGAGACUCUACCAUAUAGGCUGAACGAGAAGACCGGCAUUAUCGAUUAUGAUCGCAUGGAAGAAUUGGCAUACCUGUACCGACCCAAGGUCAUUGUUGCCGGUACAUCAGCAUACAGCCGAUUGAUCGACUAUGAGCGCUUCCGUAAGGUGGCAGACGGCGUAGGCGCAUAUCUCCUGUCUGAUAUGGCUCACAUCUCUGGUCUUGUUGCCGCGUCCGUCAUCCCGUCACCAUUCCCUCACUCCGACAUCGUCACAACCACAACCCAUAAGUCGUUGCGCGGCCCGCGAGGUGCCAUGAUUUUCUUCCGUAAGGGCACAAGGCGUGUGGAUAAGAAGGGCAAGGAGGAGAAGUACGAUCUUGAAGGCCCAAUCAACCAGUCUGUCUUCCCUGGCCACCAAGGAGGACCUCACAACCACACUAUCACAGCUCUGGCUGUCGCCUUACAACAAGCCCAAAGCAAGGAGUUCAAGGACUACCAGCAACAAGUACUUGAGAAUGCCAAGUCUCUUGCACAGCGUCUCGGUGAUACCAAAGAAAACGGCGGCCUGGGCUACAACGUCGUUAGCGGUGGAACUGACAACCACCUUGUCCUUAUUGACUUGAAGGACAAGGGCGUAGACGGAGCUCGAGUUGAGCGCAUCCUCGAGCUUGUCGGCGUGGCGUCCAAUAAGAACACCGUUCCUGGUGACAAGUCCGCCAUGAAGCCUGGCGGUCUGCGCAUGGGCACUCCCGCAAUGACGACCCGUGGCUUUGCACCUGGCGACUUCAAGCGUGUCGCCGAUGUUGUCCACCGCGCCGUCGGCAUCACUCAGAAGCUCGAUAAGGAGGCGAAGAAGAAGGCCGAGGAGACUGGUCGCAAGAACCCCGGCAGCGUCGCUGCCUUCAAGGAAUACGUAGGUGAAGGAGAGGACAUCACCGACGUUGUUCAGUUACGAAAGGAAGUCGAGGACUGGGUAGCUACUUUUGCUCUCCCAUGGGACAAGAGCGAAUAGGUACGAAUUUUCAUGAGGAUACAAUAGCAGGCGAGCAUUCAACAUGGCGAAUCAGGCGUUUUAGGUGGCGAGCAAACGGUAUUAAGUAUACCGCUGUCCCACAAAAUAGGAAUUGGCAUUCACCGA